GCCGAGCCCUGAGCAAUGGGCGUUCUGCUCCACCUGGGACGUGGUGUGGCAGUGGCUCAGGUUACAGGGCUGGCAGGGUGCCCGCAGCAGGCGGCCCAGGGACACACGUGUCCCCUCUCCCUGCACGUCCUACAGCACAGGGACACCCCUCCGCAGUGCCAACAGGGGACCCUUGGGAGCCGUCCGAGUUUCCUUGGUGACUGUUGCCAGGUGAGAAACUCUAAGGCAGAAUUUCUUAUCUUGGUGGAGAGCGGGAGAUGUUCCUCACUGGGGCUGUUACUGGACCCAGAGCUGGCACUGUGCUGGGCCAGACACCUCGCUGAGAGCAGUGGCAGCGGUGACAGCGGGGUCCCCGAGGGCAAGCUGUGCACGAGGUGCUGGGGCUGUGCGGCCUCUGGGAUCACUGCCUGGAGGGCAGCACGUGGCGUGGGGCUAUUUCUGCCCAUUGGAGAGCAGCAAGCAAGGGAAGGAGGUGACACCACAGAGACCACGGAGAAGUGUGGAGGAACACGGGCUGUGCUGUCACUGCUUCAUGGAUCCUGUGAGUAUGCACCGAGUGACUGCGGGCACACUGGGACAAUGCUGGGACCCUGGGGAGGUGCAGCAUGGGAGAGCAGCAGCGACUACUGGGGAUGCCGGCAUGCAGCAAGUGACAGCUUGCAGGGAAAGCACUGGGCAGCGCUGAUAAGAGCACAGAGCUAGGGUGGCUGUAAUAAGGAAAUAAGAGCCAGGACCCCAGGGUGCCAGCAGCAAUGCCUGCAAGCUGUCCUGCUCUGCUGGGGACCACAUCACCUAGAGCCUGCCCCGAAGGCACACCCACCGAUGCAGGGCAGUGACAUGCAGCUCAGAAGAGAGACAUGCUAUGCUGCGAGCCCAUCGGCCGACGGCAGCAACCCUCUUACAGCAGCAGGCUCACAUGCAAAGGCCUGCAUCGUCCCUUUAAAUCCCGGCACAGCUCUGCUGGCUGACACUAAACCCGAUCACACGGGCUUGCAAAUCCCAGCAGCUAAUUACACCCCCAGCGCCCCGCAGCCCGGCUGCAGCUGCAGGUAAUUGCUACCCACGCCAGGAAACCUGUUGUCGGUGAGCCAGGACGGUGUGACGUUUGCUAACACAGCGUGGUGAGCCGGUGGCUAUUUUGGGCUGGGAGGCCAUUUUUGUGGAGCACUCUCUGCCCCCCCCUCCCCCCCAGAUGGCACAGCUGAGCCCCACGGCGAACGCGGAAGCGGGGAGGCUGCCUUCAGAGCAGGGAGAUAAGCGCCCUUUUGCACUGAGCAAACAAAAGUCUGCCCCAAACAGGCUGGGGCAUGGCAAACUGCUGAACACUGGCUGCUCUGCUCAGUUUUCUUGUUUCUUCUGCAAGGAGAAGCCGACAGCUCGCUCCUGCACCACGCACAGAGCUGGGCAUGUAGAUGGGCAGUGCCCCGUGCUGCCCGUGUCCCACUGUGGUUCUGCUCAGGGCUGUGGGUGUGGGGGAAAAGAGUUGAGCACAGAGCAUCUCUUCCUGCCUGCCAUGCACCACGUGCCUGCUGGGACCAGGGGAAUCACUCAGUUAGAAGGAGCUUUAAGUCCUGGUUUUCUGUUUCAGCAUCACCUGGUGGGACUGCAGCUGGAGGGCCGUGUUUUCAAAAUGUGCAAGUAUCCAAAGCAGGCAGCUCCACUUUCUUGUUGAAGCAGUGCUCUCUCUGGUCUGCAGUGAGGCUGUGC